GAGUUCCCUUAUAAAUGUCCAAUUUGUGGUAAAGGCAUCAAGUUGAAAGGGAGUGUCAAGCGGCAUAUUAGAGAGAAACAUCUGAACAUCCGAGUGCCUUGUCAGUUCUGUGGACGACUGUUCACUCAGAGAUCUAACAUGACAAUACAUCUACGCUCUUGCCAAGCAGUAAAAGAGACAAAUAUUGGUGUACCGUGUCAAAUUUGUGGUAAAUUUUUUAGACAUAAAAGAAGUAUGAUUCGCCAUAUGAAAGAAAGACAUUUUAACUAUAGGGUUAAUUGUCCAAUUUGUUCUCGCCAGUUCACUCAAAAAGCUGCCAUGUUGAAACAUAAGGAUCGGUCACACAUCAAAGAAAAGCAUCUAAACAUUCGUCACACUUGUCAAGUUUGUAAAAAGGAAUUCACCCAAAAGUCAACUAUGCAAAUUCAUAUGAGGAAAUUGCAUAUGAAGUCUUAUACAUGUAAACAAUGCAAUUAUUCCUCGCCCAAAUUCUAUAACAUACGGCGUCACGUCAUGACCAAACAUGACCCAACAAAUAAUAAGCUUAUCUGUCCAGUCUGUGGUCGGUCAUGUGGAGACAAAUUUCAGCUUCGCCUACACGUAGAGAAUGUGCAUGGUAACGGAGAAAAGAAAUAUGAAUGUCCAUAUAGACCAUGCAAUCGGAAAUUUGCAUGGAAAUGUGGAUGGAAAAGUCAUGUGAAAAAUGUAAGCGAUGCGGAAAUGGCUUUUCAUCGGAUUCCCUGCCCAGAAUGUGGUAAAUUGUUCGCCUAUCGUCGCAGUGUGUCCCGUCAUAUCAGAGAAAAGCAUUUGAAUAUCCGAGUCAAUUGUCCUAAAUGUAAUCGUGCAUUCACUCAAAGAUGUAAAAUGCUCUAUCAUCUGACAAAUUGCACUGGUAGGUUGUCACUAUAG